AUGGCCUCGCCUCAGUAUCUGACCGGCGAUAAGGCUGCUAUUCGGCAGUUCGUCGAUAAAUUUGACGCCUUUCUAUUUGACUGCGAUGGAGUGCUCUGGUCUGGCGAUACUCCGUUCAAGGGAGCCGUUGAAACGUUGGACAUGCUGAGGAGCAAAGGAAAGAAGAUUGUCUUUGUUACCAAUAACAGCACCAAGUCAAGAGUAGACUAUAGAAAAAAGCUGGGUGGUCUGGGGAUCAAGGCCGAAGUUGAAGAAAUAUUUUGCUCAUCGUAUAGUGCUUCGGUAUACAUCUCACGUAUCCUAGAAUUGCCGGCAGAUAAGCGCAAGGUGUUUAUCCUGGGAGAAUCUGGAAUCGAGCAAGAACUAGCCGCCGAAAAUGUUUCCUACAUCGGAGGGACGGACCCAGCAUACCGACGAGAAAUCACGCAGGAGGACUAUCAGAAGAUUGCUUCUAAUGACCCUUCUUUCAUGGACCCGGAAGUUGGAGUCGUGUUGGUCGGUUUGGAUUUCCAUAUCAACUACCUCAAACUGGCUGUCGCAUUGCACUAUAUCCGGCGAGGAGCCGUGUUCCUCGCAACGAAUAUUGACAGCACGUUGCCAAAUUCGGGUUCCUUGUUUCCAGGCGGUGGCUCGAUAUGCGCCCCGCUCGUUGCUAUGCUAGGAGGCCCAGGAGUACCAGGUGCAGAACCUCUCUCGCUGGGAAAGCCUAGCCAAGCAAUGAUGGAUGCUAUCGAGGGCAAGUUCAAGUUUGACAGAAAGAAAACUUGCAUGGUCGGCGACCGAAUAAAUACGGACAUCAAGUUCGGCCUUGACGGUGGCCUUGGUGGGACACUCGCCGUAUUGACCGGCGUGACCACGAAAGACGAACUUAUCGCCUCGUCCAUAGCCCCGGCUGCUUAUGUUGAUGCGUUGAGCGAUUUGUUGGAGGGUGCAUAG